AUGGCGAGGGUAAAAUGCGUUGGAUUAAAAAGAAAAUGCGGCAGUGAGCAGUGCUGCAUUGUGUAUCACGAGAAUUAUAACAUUUCCGCAUUUGGAAUUGAAAAACUGCACCCUUUCGAUUCGUUCAAAUGGAAAAGGGUAAUCGAUUUUCUCAAAGAGUGGAACCUGAUAAAAGAUUCAUCGAUUAUUUCGCCGGACGAGCCGAACACGGAUGUUUUUCUCAAAGUGCAUUCUCCGCAAUAUUUGAAAAGUCUUCGAAAUCCUUACAAAGCCGCGAGUAUCGUCGAAGUCUUCUUCGUUGUUUUUAUACCACCAUGCGUCAUUGAAUCGAGAUUAUUGAAACCUAUGAGAUUACAAGUUGGGGGAACCAUUGAAGCCUCAUAUUUGGCCUUAACUCAUCAGUGGGCGAUAAAUGUUGGCGGUGGAUUUCAUCAUGCUUCGGCGGAAUCUGGAGGAGGGUUUUGCUUCUACGCUGACAUCACAAUUGCUCUGAAAAUGUUAUUCGAUGAUAAAUUGAUUGAACAUGCGAUAAUUGUGGAUGUAGAUGCUCAUCAGGGCAACGGUCAUGAGACCGAUUUCGCUGAAGACGAUCGAGUUUACAUAUUCGACAUGUUCAAUCCCAGCGUAUACCCCCAUGACGAUGAAGCUAAACGGAACAUUGAUAUGCCAAUUUAUGUGGAUCGCCAUACGACCGAUGAAUCGUAUCUUUCAUUGCUUCGUAAGAAACUGUCAAAGUCGCUAGAGUUGAAGAAAUUUGAUAUAAUGAUUUACAAUGCAGGAACUGACUGUUUGGACGGUGAUCCAAUUGGAGGAUUGUGUCUUUCACCGCAGUGCAUUAUCUCCCGCGAUGAAACUGUGUUCGAACUGGCGAAAUCGCGCAACAUUCCGAUUGUCAUGCUUACAAGCGGCGGAUAUCAGAAAAACAAUGCAUACAUCAUCGCGAGAUCCAUUGAGAAUCUCAAUCUCAAAAACUUUAUUGAAUUAAAAUGUGAAUAA